AAAUACACCCACAGUGAGUGUACCUGCUAAUGUUUACUUACGGAAUUUAUUAACACAAAUUUUUAUUUGAUUAAUAACUACCAUUAUUUAUAUUUUAAGGUAUUAAUAAAAAAUCAAAAAAGAUGUGCGCAAAAAUGGCAUUUCAACACCAAGCCGGGACGGCUAUGGAAUGCUUAAGUAUUCCAAUAACACUGCAUAAAGAAGUGGACGGAGAUAUAAUGAGAUGUGGCUUUAAAAUUGGCGGAGGAAUCGAUCAAGAUUAUCGGAAGAGCCCUCAAGGUUACACAGAUAAUGGGAUUUAUGUAACCGAGGUUCACAAGGAUAGUCCAGCAUCGAAAAGCGGAUUGCGUGUUCAUGACAAAAUAUUGCAAUGUAAUGGAUAUGAUUUUACGAUGGUGACUCAUAAAAAGGCAGUGAGCUACAUCAAAAAGCAUCCUGUUUUAAAUCUACUGGUUGCUCGGAAAGGAGUUACAUCGACAUAAGCUGUGAUUUACUUAUACAACAACCUGCUUUUGUUAAUCUUGUUGACUUCAUUACACAUUACGUUUUAUACCAUUGGGGAAUUUUUUUUAUAUCGCAAACUUAAUGUAGGCGAUUAUGGACAUGUGCUCAUCAUGACUGAAAAAUAGUAUCAACUAUGAAUUUUCACCAAAGCUAAGGCAGGGAUGUCAUUACUUUGUUCAAUUAUGUAGUUCGCGUGGAUGUGUAAAUUUUAGGAACUGUUUCAUUCCAUUAGGAAUUGUUAGGUUUGUUAAUUAAUGUGCAUAUAAGGGCUAAAUUGUUCGAUCGAUUACCCUUUAAUAAUCAACUGUGUUGUGAAGACUCAAAGAAAAUUUAUUUAGUACUACAAUGAAAUAAGGGGAGCAAUCCUCUGGCAACUGAUUUAUGUAUUAUAUUUAAACCUGUUUUACAAGUAUUUUAAGUUUUUGUUUACUUUGUGUCCAUGUAUGAGUUACCAAUAUUAUUGUAACAUUUAUAGUUAUAUAUAAGUCAUUUAUAACGUCUAGAGACGCUUUUGAUAAUAAGUUGGUUUAUUUUCUUCUUUAAUUUGAUGCAGUAUUUAUUUAAUCAUUUGUUGCCAUAUGUUUGAUUGUAAAGUAGUGAUAAUAUAUACCUUUCCAAUA